AUGGAGAUUUCCUUUGUGGGGCCUUACUCUAAAAGUAAGCGUGACUCGGAUAUUUUCAAUACUAGAAAUGAGCCAGUGGCUACCAAAGCUGAGUCAUCAUCCUAUGAAUUACAGAAAUUAACUCCUUUGACCACAAAAGGUAUAUUGAAAUCUGACCAGUCGGUAUUUCAGAAACAUGUUCAUGAGUUAAAGCUUGCCAGUUCUGACUCUUCUCCCAGGUAUGACACUACAACAACAACCAUAGGUAGUGAUGAGGAAGCCUCUGAUUUCUACUUAGAGGAUAAUGAAAAUGAGAUGUAUCCGGAUGGAGGCUGGAAAGCCUACAGCGUUAUUCUGGGGAGUUUUUUUUGCUGCUUCACUCUUUUUGGUAUCAUGAACAGUAUCGGAGCUGUCGAAUCGUACGUUCAAACUAAUCAGUUGGCAGAUACUUCAGUUUCUACGGUUUCCUGGAUCUUUUCUCUCUAUAUGUUUGUCUCCUUAUUUAUGGGAUUGUUUGUUGGUCCCCUGUAUGAUAGUUUUGGCUCUCGUUGGUUGUUGCUUGGUGGUACCGUGUUUACCUUUAUUGGACUCUUUACGUGUGGUGCCUGCACUCAAGUCUACCAGUUCAUCUUAAGUUUUGGUAUUUGUACUGGUAUAGGGACAGGGUUAAUGAUGUCCCCUGCAAUUUCAACUGUUUCCAGUUGGUUCAGUAAGAAGAAAAGAGCCUUUGCUCUUGGUUUGGCUCAGGCCGGUGGCUCUGUCGGUGGUAUGAUUUUUCCAAUCAUGCUCAGAUACUUAUAUCCUAAGUAUGGCUUUAACUGGGCUAUGAGAAUUAUGGCCUUUUUCAACUUGGGCGUUGAUCUAAUUGGUACAUACCUUGCCAAAGACAGAUUGAAGGAGCUCCGUGAAAAAACUGGUGAAGUGGACUCCAGAACCAUAUGGGAGAAGUUAAAACGUUCCGUGGAUCUAAGAGCUUUCAAAGAAAAGCAGUUUUUCUCUUUAUCCUGUGCCCUUUUCAUGAACGAAUUCUCUCUUUUGAUUACGUUGACCUAUCUCUCUUCCUAUGCCAUGGUCCAUGGCGUCUCACAAGCAGAGAGUUUCAAUAUGAUCACCAUAAUGAAUGCUGCUGGUGUUAUAGGGAAGUUCGUUCCAAACUAUUACGCCGAUUUUUACGGUACCUUCAACAUGAUGAUUCUCAUGUCGGCAUUAAUGACUGUCUCUAUGUUCAUAAUAUGGUUACCAUUCGGACAGUAUAAGGCGGCCUUAUACAUAUUUGUGUCCAUUUUUGGAUUUGGCUGUGCUUCCACCUAUGCUCUUACCGGUGCUACUGUUAGUACCAUUACCCGCGAGACCAAGGAUUUUGGUAAAAGGUACGGAGCUGCAUACGCUUUCGUUUCCUUUGGUAAUUUGGUUUCGUUACCUAUUUCCGGAGCCUUCAUUAAAGAGAAAACUGCCGCAGAUUACACCAGGAUGGUGAUUUUUGCCUCUUGCACAUGUGUUACUGCUACGAUUCUUUUCAUCGUAUCCAGAUUCACCAUAGUGGGGAGAACCUUCAAGGCCAUUAUAUAA